AUGAGGCCCCCGGCCUCCUCUUCUCUUCCCCGCAUCGCGCUGGUCACCGUCGCCGCGAGCGCCGCGCACCCUCGCCCCAGCCGAGCCCACUUGAUCGUGCGCGCGCCUCCGGCACUCCCCUGCCCAUUCGGACACCGCGGGCGGGGCGCGCCCUGGCCACGCUCGUGCGUGUCCUCGCACCGGCCUGCGCCCUCCCGUCCUCGCCCGUUCGUGGCCACGGCCGUGCCUCCUCUGUCACUUGCCCUGGCCGACGCCUUACUCCGCCCCAGCCGGCGCCAGGGACCAGUCGGGCUGCAGCGCCCCGUCGCCACGGUGGCCUCGCCCCUCUGUGCCACCUCCGGCGGCCGCCUGCGCACCACCGCGGCCUCGCCCCGCUCCGGCCAUGGCCACGCCGUGGCCACCGGCCUCCCCUGUUCCGGUGCCCUCCCGGGUCCACUUGCACCUGGGCGUGCGCCCAUCGGAUCGGGGCUGACCCCGGGGCCGUCGCCCGGUGCCGCCUCGCCGGCCCCCGCCUCGUCCCUACGCCCCGUCGCCGGCCGGCGCCGUCCGUCUCCGCCGGCGCCACCUCGUCUCCUCCCCACGCCGGACCGCCUCGACCUCCUCCCCGACGGCCUCACCAAGCCACGCUGUGCCCCGUCGCCGCUCGCCGUCUAUGGUGCCACCUCGCCGGCGCCGCCUCCCCGCCGGACUGCGUCGUCCUCGCCCCCGUCGCGCCGGACUACCCCGUCCCCGCCUCUCCUUCGCCGGUCCUCCCCAUGCCUCACCGCCCUCUUCUCGUCAACGGGGGUGAGCUCCCCGUCGGGCCCCAUCCGUCUCCCCCCUCCGAAAGCUGCACCACAAGCCGUCCCAUCGCCACGCCGCCGCGGACCUCUGGCCGUGAACGGCUACGCCCAGCCGUGCCUCCACGCGCGCCCUGGCUGCCCUGUGCGUGCCUUGGCCACGUGCCUCGCCCGCCUGUGCUCCGGCCACUGUCGCCGGCGCCGGGCCAUGCGCCGGCCCCCUUCACCCGCUGGCCGCAGCGCGCUGUCGUGCGGGCUGCCGCCCGUCACCCGGUUCCGCUCGACGGCCGAGAACCGCCACCCGUGA